UUGGCUUCUGCGGUGAUGGCUCUGGGACUGCAGCGUCCCUGGCAGGUGCUUGCUGGACUCUUGCUCUGCCUGUGCAUCGGGCGAUGGGCAGAGGCUGGGAAGGUGCUGGUGGUCCCCAUGGACGGCAGCCACUGGCUCAGCAUGCGGGAGGCUGUGCGGGAGCUCCACGCCAGAGGCCACCAAGCAGUGGUCCUUUCUCCGGAGGUGAAUAUGCAUAUCAGGGCAGCGGACUUUUUCACCUUAAAAACCUAUACCAGUUCAUACACCCAGGAUGAAUUUGAUUCUCUCCUGAUGAGCCAUGUUCAUGUGCAUUUUGAAAGAGUACAUUUUCUAACACUGUUUUUGAAAGCUAUGACAAUUUUGAAAAAAGGAACUUUGAUGUUUGAGAGGUUUUGUGAGGAUCUGUUGUAUAACAAGGACCUGAUCAGUCACCUGAAUGCCAGCUCCUUUGAUGUGGUUUUAACGGAUCCUGUUUACCCCUGCGGAGCAGUGCUGGCUAAGUACCUGUCGAUUCCGGCUGUGUUUUUUUUGCGUUCCGUUCCGUGUGACUUAGAUGCUGAGGGCACAGCGUGUCCAAACCCUUUCUCCUAUGUUCCUAGGUUAUUAACAACGAAUUCAGACCACAUGACAUUCUUCCAAAGGGUCAAGAACAUGCUCUACCCUCUGAGCCUGAUAUACAUUUGCCGAGUUUCUUUCACUCCUUAUGCACGUAUGGCCUCUGAGCUUCUCCAGAGAGAGGUGUCGCUGGUGGAUAUUUUUGGCUCUGCAUCCAUGUGGCUGUUCAGAGGAGACUUCGUGAUGGACUACCCCCGGCCAAUCAUGCCCAACAUGGUGUUCGUUGGGGGUAUCAACUGUGCCCACAGGAAACCAUUGUCUCAGGUGAGUAGGAGCAGAGAACUUGAGGUGUGA